AAAGUUUGAGUAAGGCAGAAGGACACCAGGAAGGAAGGUGUAUCCAGCAUGCGCAGCCUGUCGUAGCACAUAUUAGUAGUACUACUAGAUAGGAAAUUGGGACGAAUAAACAUUGAACCCACACCGAACUGUCGUUAGUGUAGCUAGCUAGCUACAUCUGCCUUAAUUGGAUAAUCGGCUGUUAUUAUUUUAAAAUGGAUUUGAAUACUAUUUUGACCCAGCUUGACACUGAAAAUGACGAGAACAUUGAAAUGCUUUUGCUUCAAUAUAACCGAGAAAAUAGUCACACUUUCACUUUUGACCAGAACGAAGUGGACCUGCGAAGUGAGUUGUGCCAGGGGUUGUUGAGGGUCCUGGGGAGGCCGGUAAGGCCUCUGUGCCAAAGUACGUGCCUGGAGACCCUGCGCAUCCUGUCCCGGGACAAGCGUGCCCUGGGACCUGUGGCCACGCGGGAGGGCAUGCUGGUCCUAGCCCGACUGGCCCAACUAAGGGGAGGUGAAGGGGAGGAAGGGGGAGAUGGCGAUGGGUGUGCCUUCCCUCAGGCUGAACCGCAGACCGAGGAGGAGGAGCGUGUGGUAGUGGAGGCUCUGAAGUGCCUGUGCAACGUGGUGUUCAACAGCGUCGCGGCUCAGCAGGUGGGUGCCGAGGUGCAGCUCGCCCAGGGCCUGUGCUCCCGCCUGCAGACCGCCCGCGCCGGACGCCACGAGAUGGGCCACGAGGUGGGCCUCUUCUCCCUGCGCCUGCUCUUCCUGCUCUCUGCCCUGAGGCCUGACGUCCGCGGGGGGCUGUGCCGGGAGCUGCACGCCGUCCGACUCCUCACGGAGGUGCUGGAGCGUACCCUGGAGGUGCGCUGGGUGGGGCCCUAUGAGGCUGCUCCUCCAGACAGCCUGGGCCAGGCUAUCCCCGCUGAGGACAACGAGAGGGCCAUGGAGGCCCUGAAGGCCCUGUUCAACCUCACGCUCUCUGACACCGGAGACCAGGACAGUGAGCCCCAGCUACGCCUUAUCACCGCCAUCAUGCGCCACCUCUUGAUGCUGCGGACGCAGACGGAGGAGAAAACGGAGGAAGCGCACAGUCACGCCAUCAACCUGCUGAGCAACCUGCCGGUGAGCUGUCUGGAGGUGCUGAUGGACGUGCCGGUUCAGGGCGGCCAGGAGGAGUAUGGCGGCAGGAACAUGGACGCCGUCCAGGUGCUGCUGGACUUCAUGGAGAAGAGAAUCGACAAGCAGGGUGCCAACUACAGAGAGGGGCUGACGCCGGUGCUCAGCCUGCUGACUGAGGGCUCGCGACACCACCGGGACAUCCGCAGAUACAUCAAGACCCAGGUUCUCCCCCCUCUGAAGGACGUAAACAUCCGCCCUGAGAUCGGUACGACCAUCAGGAACAAGCUGGUGCGGCUCAUGACCCACGUGGACAUGGGCGUGAAGCAGAGCGCCGCCGAGUUCCUCUUCGUCCUCUGCAAAGAGAGCGUGGACAGCCUGUUGAAGUACACAGGCUACGGGAACGCCGCUGGCCUGCUGGUGGCCAGGGGCCUGCUGGCCGGAGGAAGGGGAGAGACGCAGUAUUCUGACGACGAAGAUUCGGACACAGAAGAAUACAGAUCUGCCAGGCCUUUCAUUAACCCCAUCACAGGCCACGUGGAGGAACCGGGCCCUAACCCCAUGGAGGAGAUGACCGAAGAGCAGAAGGAGUACGAGGCCCAGAAACUUGUCAACAUGUUCGACAAGUUGUCCAGACAGCAGCUGAUCAGGCCCAUGGGAGUGAGACGGGACGGCACGUUAGCGCCCCUAGAGGAGGCCCUGAGAGCGCCAGCUGAGGACAGCUGCAACUCUGACUCUGACUAGACCCUCCCCACUUCCUGUGCUGCAACUCUGACUCCGACUAGACCCUCCCCACUUCCUGUGCUGCAACUCUGACUCCGACUAGACCCUCCCCACUUCCUGCGCUGCAACUCUGACUCCGACUAGACCCUCCCCACUUCCUGUCCUGAAACUCUGACUCCGACUAGACCCUCCCCACUUCCUGUCCUGAAACUCUGACUCCGACUAGACCCUCCCCACUUCCUGUGCUGCAACACUGACUAGACUCUCCCCACUUCCUGUGCUGCAACUCUGACUCCGACUAGACCCUCCCCACUUCCUGUGCUGCAACUCUUGACUCCGACUAGACCCUCCCCACUUCCUGUCCUGAAACUCUGACUCCGACUAGACCCUCCCCACUUCCUUUGCUGCAACACUGACUAGACUCUCCCCACUUCCUGUGCUGCAACUCUGACUCCGACUAGACCCUCCCCACUUCCUGUCCUGAAACUCUGACUCCGACUCUCCCCACUUCCUGUGCUGCAACUCUGACUAGACCCUCCCCACUUCCUGUCCUGAAACUCUGACUCCGACUAGACUCUCCCCACUUCCUGUCCUGAAACUCUGACUCCGACUAGACUCUCCCCACUUCCUGUGCUGCAACUCUGACUAGACCCUCCCCACUUCCUGUGCUGCAACUCUGACUCUGACUAGACCCUCCCCACUUCCUGUCCUGAAACUCUGACUCUGACUAGACUCUCCCCACUUCCUGUGCUGCAACUCUGACUCCGACUAGACCCUCCCCACUUCCUGUGCUGAAACUCUGACUCCGACUAGACCCUCCCCACUUCCAGCAGACUGUGCCCCCCCCCCCCUUACCCCAACACACACACACACACACCUGAGGGUUUCAGACACCUCUGAGCCCUGGUCCCGCCCAGGACAACACCAGAUGGACCAAUCUCAAGGCUCCAUUUAAAAUACAAGAAGCAGGCUUUGUUACCAUCAGUUCAUUCUUUUUUCUUCUCUUUUUUCUAUGUUGCCUUGUUUUGAUGUACUUCUCCGAUCACACCUCUCUCAUUUGACACAAUGGAAGGUAGCUGUUUUAUCAGACUGGAAUUUAUUCUGUCAAAAUAGACUCACAGAACCAAAAAUAGCCUGGAGUUUGACCAAAUUAAAAUUGCAGUUAGAAUAAGAAAUCACUCAUUCCACAUCCAAGGUUUAUUUGUUGUCUUUUUUCAAGUGAGUGCCCUGUCAUGUUGAAAUAAUCCAAUUACAUAUGCUAGUAUGGAUAGGAAGAAGCUACCAGCUAUGUGUACCCAAACCACUCCAUUGUAGUGAAUGCUUUUAUAGGGCUGAAUGAAUAAGUGUUUAGGUCUCAGAGCCCUGAACCUCACAAGUAGUUGUUAAGAUAAUUAGAUCUUUACAGUGUUGAUUAUCAUCCUAUUUAAAUUCACAAGCAUCGGGCCGGCACAAUCACACAAGCACAUCCAGGAUCCGGACAGGGCCGGAUCGAAGCUUGUUGCUGACCAGGAUUGGGAUGGUUUCUGCCUUACCGGAUUAAGAACUCAUGAGACGUAUUUAAAUGAAGAAAUAGACUUUUCUACCUUUCCUCUGCCAAUUCUGCACGGUCUUUAAAUUGUUGCUCUGAAAUCUGUGUGCUUUUUUCUAUUUUGAGACUCAAUUGAUUUUCUAUAUGUGGUCUACUAGUAUAUAUAUAUACAUAAAAGUUACAUUCUUUCAAAUGUUUAUUUCUUUGUAUGAGUAGGGCUUCAUGAUCAAGCUGUAAGGUGUGGUUGGUGCAGUAUUGGAAUGGUCCUGUGUGUCCCAUAUAUUCUCUAUAACUGGCAUGUUAAUAGAAUUACCUUUUUUGCCAAGUAACAUUCAAGGACUUUGUCUAAAUGACUACUUUAUGAGAAAUGGAAUCCUUUAUUUAUUUGCACUAUUGUGUCGAUUCACACUACACACCUCACUGAGAAACUGAAAAGCAGGGUGACCCAAUCCAAUGAAUGACCACUUUCCUGCUCACCUGACCUUUGACAGAAAACAUGAAUUCUCCCAAUGUUUUUGUAUUGUUAAUCAGAUUAGCCAAGUGGCACACAGACUGCAUGUUGAGCUAAAUGGUGAAUGUCCCUAACACUGAAGGAGAACAAUCUUUUAGAUUCUUUUUGUAUAGUUUUUUUUUCUUCUCUCUGACACCAGGAUAUUAAGGAAAUGAUUGUUUUUAUAUGUGGAGUGAAGCUUCUCUAUUGCAAUGUUAAUAAAAACUGCUACUUAAUGUUAGCAUUUCUAUUUCA